UCGCUAAAUGGUAAAAGAGGUUGACGGACGCGGAAGUGGAGCCCAGCUGUCAAACUCGCUGGAGAAUAUCGAGUUUCUUCUCUCGUUCUCGCAAGCAAAUUGACCGAAUUUGUUUUCAAAAUGAGCUCCCAGUGCUGGUUGCCUCUGGAGUCUAAUCCAGAAGUCAUGACGAAGUUCGUCCGCUCGUUGGGAAUGAAGCAAAGCUGGCAGUUCGGAGACGUGUAUGGAUUGGAUCCUGAUAUGCUCGGGAUGGUGCCAAGACCUGUUUGUGCAGUACUGCUCCUUUUCCCCAUCACAGAGAAGUAUGAAGCCUUCAAGCUAGAAGAGGAAGAGAGGCUGAAGAGUCAGCCGCAGGAAGUCUCCUCCAACGUCUACUUCAUGAGACAAACCAUCGGCAACGCAUGCGGCACGAUAGGAUUAAUUCACGCGGUGGCCAACAACUUGCCACGCCUGGAAUUCGAACCGAACUCUGUUCUAAAAAAGUUUCUGGAACUCACCCGCCAAAUGAGUCCGCAGGAACGAGGCGCCUUCCUGCAGAACGACGAGAGUAUACGUGUCACACAUGAAUCCAGUGCACAGGAGGGACAGACCGAGGCGCCAAGCAUAGAUGAGAAAGUCAACCUUCACUUUAUAGCUUUUGUGAACGUCGGAGGGCAAUUGUACGAAUUAGAUGGGCGGAAACCUUUCCCUAUUCUUCACGGGAAAACUUCCGAAGAUACUCUCCUCGAGGACGCUUCGGAGGUUUGCAAGACCUUCAUGGCCCGCGACCCGCAAGAGGUCCGCUUCACCAUCAUCGCCCUCUCCAAAGAUUCUUACUGAGGCGAUCCCGUUUUUUUUUUUUUUUUUUUUUUUUAUCUGCCAAAACAUUCUCAAGUGCUGACUUUAUCCGCGCCGUCAACGUAGCUCGACUACCGAUCCGCGGGAGGUGCUUUUCAAUUCACAAAGAACCUCUUCCGCUAAAUAGUUGGAUGAGAUUCUUUGGGAAGCGGGCCCCCGUGCUAGUUUAUUACAGCACUCAAACGUUUUCGCAGCGUUGCCGGGCCGCCACCAAGCGCUGACGAAUGGAGCGCGUCUCCUCCCUGACGCCGGGCCCGGUCAAGAAACCGUGUCCUUGUGAACGCUCCCGGCGGAUUUUCUAAUCAUUUCAAACACUUGUCAAUUAAAAGCUCAUCGUCAUGG